AUGUUAGCAAUGUAAUCUUCAGACUUCAACCCAUGGCAAAGUCUUUACUACAUUGGAGAAAAAAAAAACUUUAUUUAUAAUAGACUUAGAUUAUCUGUAUCACAUUCCAAGAAAGACCCUGUGCUGCAAGCCAAAAUGAGAUUUUCACUGCACACUGUGAUAUGCUGCUGUGUUUUUACCACUGUGGUCCCACUAAUCAGAGGUGACCCAGGAGAGCCCCACGGUACCCAGAAAAAAAGGUUUAUAGAAUGGCUGCAGAGCCACAUGAACAGAGACCCCAACACCCAGUUAAAUGCAGCUAAAGUGCAAACCUCUAGGGGACCAUCGCAGAAUGAGGAUGGAGAAACAUCUUUACAGUCAGCAAGCCUUGGAGAGAACAUAAGAUCCAAAAGGUCAUCUGGCUGCAGGUUGGCCACCUGUGUAAUUCAUGACGUGGCUGAUGGUGUGCGUUAUAACAAAAUGCCUCCAAGGCCCUGCGCUCCAAAGGAUAAGAUAAGCCCUAAAGGAUACGGACGCCGUCGCCGGACGGCGGAUAUCCCCCAGCUCACCCUCCAGACUGAGGAACCAAGGACAAGCACUGAAGCUACUCAGCAAGACAGCAGCCAGCAAAAUCCAUGCUUCAAGGCCUAAAACAGACAUGUAAAAGCAAAGAACUAUUUGCAUUGGACCUUUUGUUUUGUUUCCAGCACAUAAAGAUAAGCCCACUGAGAGGAUUGUUCCACACAUUUAGAUCUUAAUUAGGUGAAAGAAAUUAUCUGUGGAGACCAUGAGAGGGAGCUCUUGCCCCCCUUCUGGCUGAAAGCAAGACUUUUAAACAGUACAUACACAUGCUUAGGUGUUGGUGUCAGUGUGUCUGAACAGUGUGAUUUCUUGAAGUAUUGGAGUCAGACUUGUGGGACUUGAUAAGAAUGUGCCUCUUCUUCAGCCUUAAAAGUGAACCAGACAGCUGAGUCACGAACUGAGAAGGAAUCAGCAGAGCAACUGUGGCUCUGGAAGCUCUCAUUAACAAACCAGGAACCAUUAUUUACACAAGUGAUGGAACUGCUCAUUAUGUGCAAUUAACACAACUUGUACCGAACCUUUACUUGCUAUUUAGAGCUAUUUAACUGUUAACAUGUAUAUAUGAAUAUAGAUUUUGUAUUUAAACAAACAAUAUAUUUUAUGUACCGUUUAAAUAUAAACAUUUUCAUUUCACUUGAAUGAUGUUUUUGAUGUAUGUAAGCUGAGUAAAUCCUUUCCUUGACUCUUGCAGGUAGAAAAAUUGGUAUAACAUUUCUGUGUUACAUGUGUUAGUAGUCUGUAUUAGAGCUAAUUAGAGCUGAAUUAUUUCAGAUUUGAGUUACAUGUUGUUAAAGGGUUCGAAAAAACUAAUUAAGUGUUGUGCUGCCAUCUAGUUUUGAGGUAAAACGUUUCUAAAUAAAGGAAUGUAUUUCUCUUUAAGAGAUGUUUCAUCCUAACAUUUGUACAUCUCAAUAUCAUUUAUCAUUUACUAAUCUGAAAUUACUUUAAAUGUUACUUAACCUCUGUCAUGGAUUGUGGCAAUGCAAGGGAUUGUAACAGAUUCCAGCGGGCCUGCUUUCAACCAAUGUCAGAAACAAUAAAAAACAAAUUGCUA